AUGCCACCUUUACAAUUACGACAGGAAUUUCCCUCUCUCAAAGCGUUUAAAGAAGCGCUCCAUGCUUGGGCGAUUGAAGCACAUUUCGAACCGAGGAUUUUAAAAAGUGAUACGGGGAGAGUGAGGGUGGGGUGUAAGAGGGAUCCGGGAUGUCCUUUUGUGGUGAGGUGUAAUUGGGAGAGGAGGGGAGGGAGGGAACCGCUGGCUAGGGUUACGGUGUUGAGGGAGAGACAUACUUGUUUGGAUGAUUUGGUUAAUGUUGGACAUUCGGGUGCGGGGGGAGUAGGGAGAGGACAGGUUAAUGGGGGGUGGGAUGGGAAUGUGGGAGGGAUGUCGGUGGGGAUGGGACAGAAUGGAAAUGGGGGAGUGGGAGGAGUUGGGAUGGGGAUACCCCCUGGUAUGGUUGUUAGGACGGGAGAAGGGGAAAAUGGACAUAUUAUUCCUGGAGCGAGAGUUAUUGAACAACAUAAUGGAGGAGGUAAUGGAAUGGCAAUUCCAGGCCAAGUUCUACCUGUUCUACCGAAAGUGCAAAGGAAUAGCGCUAGUCGAUUACCAUUUCUCAUGGGAAUCUUACCAAAAUUAAUGACGAUUACGAAAGAUACGGCACCAGUGGAAAUUCGAGAUCGGAUGAUGAGGGAAUUUGGAGCUGAAGUACAUUUACAGCAAUGCCGAAGGGCAAAGACGGAGAUCUUGAAGAAAGCAGGUAGUAGAGAUGAAGGUAGUGGAAGACAAGGUGAUGGAUUAGGGAGUGAUGGUACAAUCUCUAGGAAUGGAUCUGGGAGUGGUAGUGGGGGUGGAAGUGAAAAUAACGGCAAUGGUAUGCAAGGAAACAAUAACAUGCCGCAAAACCAAGUUCUCUUCUCCGAUAUGAACAAUCAUGGAAAUGAAACAAACAACAAAGUAAACGCACCCAUAAAUAACGGAGCGCCUACAAAUCAAAACGCAAAUAGAGUCGAAACUCCUAUACCCCCGAAUCCGAAUCGAGCGGGGAGUAGUGGAAGUCCUCAACAACCCUUCAUACUGCAUACCGCACAAGGAAUUGUAACGCCGGCAAUCCCGGAACAGAAUGAUAAUUCGUUGAUGCAAGGGGAGCAACCGAUUAGGUGUCCGUAUUGUAUUAAUCAGAGAUGGAUGAGGAGUAUUAAGGAUGCGGUGGAACAUAUGAGUAUGCAUGUUGUUGUUUGA